UCCUAUCUCUCACAGACCAAACUAUGUUUCUGAAAAAACACUAACCGACAAAAGUCUGAUAUCUUUGGACGAAAAAGUGCAUUUCUUGAUUUUGUUACAAAGCGAUUAAGAAAAAGAUAUGGCACGUACUAAGCAAACUGCACGUAAAUCAACAGGAGGUAAAGCUCCUAGAAAACAACUUGCAACUAAAGCUGCACGUAAAAGUGCACCAUCCACGGGUGGUGUAAAAAAACCACAUCGUUAUAGACCUGGUACUGUAGCACUUAGAGAAAUCAGAAGAUAUCAAAAAUCAACAGAAUUGCUGAUUAGAAAAUUACCAUUUCAACGUUUAGUUCGUGAAAUUGCACAAGAUUUCAAGACUGAUUUAAGAUUUCAAAGUGCUGCAAUUGGAGCAUUACAAGAAGCUUCUGAAGCAUAUUUAGUUGGAUUGUUUGAAGAUACAAAUUUAUGUGCAAUUCAUGCUAAACGUGUUACAAUAAUGCCUAAAGAUAUUCAGUUAGCAAGAAGAAUUCGUGGUGAACGUGCUUAAAUAAUUCAUAUUUCAGAUAUAAUGGCACGUACUAAGCAGACAGCUCGUAAAUCAACUGGAGGUAAAGCACCUCGUAAACAACUAGCCACAAAGGCAGCACGUAAGAGUGCACCAUCUACUGGUGGUGUGAAAAAACCACAUAGAUAUAGGCCUGGUACAGUAGCUCUUCGAGAAAUCAGAAGAUAUCAAAAAUCAACAGAAUUGUUAAUCAGGAAAUUACCUUUUCAAAGAUUGGUUCGUGAAAUUGCACAGGAUUUUAAAACUGAUCUUCGUUUCCAAAGUGCUGCAAUUGGAGCUUUACAAGAAGCUUCAGAAGCAUAUUUGGUUGGUUUAUUUGAAGACACAAAUUUGUGCGCUAUUCACGCGAAACGUGUUACAAUCAUGCCCAAGGAUAUCCAGUUGGCCCGACGAAUCCGUGGCGAGCGUGCUUAAACAAUAUGUAACUCCCAUACAUACCAUUUAUUACUAUUAUUAUCAUUCGUAACAAUCAUGGAUGAAACAUUUUCAUUCCAAACUACAUAUUAUGUUGUACUCCAUAAUAAUGUAUGAGUUAUGACAUGAUCAUCCUUUAUAACAUGUAUUUAAAAUUCAGAUUUCUGGAAAAUUGAUACAAAAAUUGGUUCAACUGUUUUUGAUAUAGAUAGUUUUCGUCUUUUGGUAUUAUACAAAAAUAGACUAUAUAUUAUUUUUCAAAAAUUAUCAAUUAUAAUUGCUAAUUUCUUAAUUUCAUUUUUUUUCGUCAUUUUACAUUUUACAGAGUAAGAAUACUUAUAAAAAGAAACCUAAAAUCGGAAGUUAAAUAAUCGUGAUAAAAGACAAUUGUUAAUUCUUCUAAAAGUACUUUUAAGAUUGAAUAAGAUCGAAAAUGUUUAGUUUCUCAUUACAAUUUUAUUAUAUUCAUCAUCCUUAUCAUUAUUGAUACAAUACAUAGUGAAAUGUACAUUAGAGAAUAAGGCACUUUUUUUGUAGGAACAGUAUGUUCAAUGUAGUGUUUAUCAUAUUAGAACUCUGGUUGUAUGAAAAUUACGUAAGAUAUUUCAAUCAGUCAAGUAUUCAUUGUUCGUGUAAAGAUAAACGUUUCUUAAAUAAAUCUUCAAAAUAAUAUUAA